AUAUAAAACCAUCAUUCAAUAGACGUUCUACGUUAGUGGUUUUUGUUAUAGUUACAUUCGAUAGUUGACUUAUUAUUAAUAUCACCCGUGAUUUUGAAAAAUACAUUUUCAGAAAUGUUUAAUGUUUUGAAAUAUUUUUUUAUAAAUACUUUGUUGAUUGUUUUUGUUUGUGCUCAUAAUGUUCCAUUGCAAAGUGACACAGUCGCCACUUUUAACGGAUUUAAUGAUGGUCAAAAAUACAUUGACGAUAUUAACUUUCAUGAUGAAAAUUAUGGCAAGUACCAAACAUCAAAACAUGUGUUUUACUGGCUUUAUACGAGAGAUAACACAGAUGGUCAACUUUUAAAUAGAAGUGAACCACACAUGAUUGAGUCUACAACGUACAAUCCAUCAAAUCCAACUAAAGUAUUAGUGCACGGUUGGCUUGGUUCUACUAAAGAAAAGGAUAGUCUUUGUAUGUGCAACAUCAAUUCGUAUUUUAAGGUGGGUGAAUACAAUGUGAUUUGUGUGGAUUGGAAACAGUAUUCGACUGAUUUAUCCUACUCAGUUGCAACAAUUCGAGCCAAACACAUCGCUCACGAUAUAGCUAAAGUCCUGAAAAGGAUAACGUAUAACAUGACAGAAGGGGUUGAUACCUUGCAUUUGAUCGGACACAGUAUGGGAGCUCAUAUUGUUGGAUUCGUAGGGAAAGAAUUGGCUGAUCAGAUUCCCCGAAUUACGGGAUUAGAUCCGGCGAAGCCAGAGUACGAAGACAAAGACCCAGAGGACAGACUAGAUAUUACUGAUGCGCAUUUUGUAGACGUUAUGCACACAAAUACUGCCAACAAUGGCUUUGAGAAAUCAAUUGGACAUAUCGAUUUCUUCCCAAACGGAGGGAAGUUACAACCAAAUUGCGAAUAUUCAGACAAAGUUACGGGUUACUGUAGCCAUGUCAAAGCCUAUCAUUAUUACGCACACUCUAUAUGGGCUAAGGAAGAUUAUGUUGCACAUAAAUGUUCCAGUUGGGAUGAAUAUGAAAAUCACAAAUGUGACAACACUGACAGCACUUUUAUGGGMGAGCACGUGGAUGUAAAGCRAACCAAAGAUUACUAUUUGGACGCUAACGUAGAGGACUAAGAAGAGGGAUGUGUGAUGCUUGGCUGUGCUUAAAUGACAAAUGAAUUGUUAUACCUGUAUAUAUAUAUAAUGGACUUAAUGAAAAUAGAAAAUCACGUUGAUUUAUUAUUUGAUUUUUGUUACUUAC